UAUAUCUCCACUUGGUAGUGAAUUGCUGAUUAAAACAUGAAUACAUGAUUCCACCUUUGAUUUUCUAUUUUCCGAAACUCAAUUUUCAAGCGAUCUCAACGCUUUGAAGUGACUGUAGGAAUGCCUCUGUAGCCUCUCUCUUUUCACAUCUCCUUUAGUCUUUUAUAAAGCCUUCUGUUAUAUAUAUUCAUAUCAAAAAGAAAAAAGAAAAAAGAAAAAAAAAUACCUUCUUUUGGAUCAGAUGAUCAGGACUUCUAUGGUUGGCUGUUGUCUUCGGCUUGGUUAAGGAUUAAUUACAACAUGUGAUACAUUCUGGUUGAAGUGGAGCAUAAAGAUGUAGCAAACCAAGAUCAUCAAGAUAAAGGAUGAAAUAGAAGCAUGUCGAUCCCCUUUGUACCUGACUUUUUGCAAGAACGUGCAUUCGAUGCAGUAUCUACUUUCUUAACAAGGCAACUAGGCUACGUGUGGGAUUACGAGAAAAGAUUCGUCGAUGUAAGCAAAGAAGUCGAGGCUCUCAAGAAUGACAGAGAUGGGGUGCGUGAUAAAGCCGAAGAAGAUGAAGGACGAUAUGGAAGAGCAAUAUAUGAUAAUGUUGAAGAAUGGUUGGGUCGUGUGGAUGCAAUUGUUGCUGAAUAUGAAAAAUUCAAACAAGAACAUGAUGAUAAUGGAGAGUAUGCACUUGCUUUUCCAUUUCAAAAUCUAGACAUAAGAUAUCAUCGCAGCAAAAAAGCAGUAGAUAUCAAAGAAAGGGUUGAAGGAUUGCAAAAUGAGAAGCAUGAUAGUAUAUCUCGGUGGCAGGGCCCACCUUCUUCAAUGGGUUAUGCGCUUCCUUCUGUUGAAUAUGAAGACCUUGAUUCAAGAAAACAAAAUAUGGAAGAUGUUAAAAAAGCCUUGGAAGAUUCGAGUGCUACAAUGGUUGGUGUUCACGGCCUAGCUGGUAUGGGAAAGACUACUUUGAUCAUAAAAGCUAUUAACACACUUCAAAGUCGAGAACCUAAGUUAUUUGAUAUGGUGAUUAUGGCAAAUGUGGGCAAAAAUCCAGACAUCAGAAAAAUUCAAGGGCAGAUUGCUGACAUGCUCGGGAUGACAUUGCAAGAGGAGAGUGAGUAUGCGAGGGCAAUUCGCAUAAGAGAGAAAUUGAAGAAAGGAAAAAACACCCUUAUUAUCCUAGAUGAUAUGUAUGCAAAAGUGGACUUGGAUAUGUUGGGAAUUUUAUCAGAGAGUGGCGAUGAGAAAAAGAAGAAUCUCAUUCUCAAAGAAGGAAUAAAAUCUUCCAAUCCUUCUGGGUCAGCUCAAACUAAGGUAGAAACAAAGAAUGUUGCUAGUGCUGGACAAAAUUUGACAAGACAAAAAUCGAGAAUAGAUGGUGCUGGACAAAAUUUGACAAGACAAAAAUCAGAUAUAGAUGCUAACAGGACGAGAACAGAGAAAAAAGUUGAGGACAUUUCUAGUGGUUCUAGUAAAGUAGGGAAAGCAGCACAGGAGCAUCACAAAGGGUGCAAGGUUUUGCUAAUUACUGAGGCAAAACGAGUGUUGAGCCAAAUGGAUGUGAAGGCGAAUUUAAUUAUCUCUAUGGAUAUCAUAAACUCUGAUGACGCUAAGAAAUUGUUCAAAAAAAAGGUAGGAAUAACAGAAGACAAAAACUCAGAUCUUGAACCGCUAGCCAUUGACAUUGCCAAGAAGUGUCAUGGAUUGCCCAUGUCAAUAGUUACAACUGCGAAGGCAUUGAAAAAUCAAAGCCGCGCAGUUUGGGAGGAGACCCUUAAAACACUUGAAAGGCAAAAACUUACAGGAACCCCGGAGUAUUCUACAAAGUUGAGUUAUCAACUUUUAGAAAAUGAGGAGCUCAAGCAUAUCUUCUUGCUUUGUGCUUGUAUGGGUCAAGAUGCAUUUGUUUCAGACUUAGUGAGACUAUGCAUUGGUUUGGGUUUUCUUGAAGGCGUCUACACAGUAAGAGAAGCCAGAGAUAAAGUGCAAAUGUUGCUCAUGCAUUUAAAAGAGUCAGGUUUGUUGUCUAACAGUUAUUCAAAUGAUCGUUUCACGAUGCAAAACCUUGUUCGCAAUGCAGCUUUAUUAAUAGCAUUGGAGGAAAAAGAUGUGUUCGUAUUGACAAAAAGAAAGCUAGAUGAAUGGCCUGAUGAUGAUAAACUUAAAAGGUACACUAGCAUUUUCUUGCAUCAUUGUGAUGUCAACGCCGAAGAGUUUCCUCAAAGUGUAAAAUGUCCUAAACUCAAAGUCUUUCACUUCCACAAUAACCAUCAACACUUCAAAAUACCAAAAGACUUUUUCCAAGAAAUGAAAGAACUUAGAGUGUUGGUUCUGAUUGGCAUUGAUCUCUCUGCACUGUCUUCAUCAAUGGAAUGCCUAACAAAACUCCGAAAGCUUUGUUUGGAGCAAUGCAUUAACCUAGAUGAGGAAUUGUGCAUCAAUAUUGGCAAGUUGAUGAAGAAUCUAAGAAUUCUAAGCUUUUCUGGAUCUGAUAUUAAAAGCUUGCCUAUUGAAUUGAAGCAUUUAUCAAAGCUACAAAUUCUUGACUUAAGUAAUUGCUCGGAGCUAAAAAAAAUUCCUCCACUUCUAAUAUCAAGCCUCACUAGUUUGGAGGAGCUGUACAUGAGAAACACUUCGGUUGAAUGGAGAAUUGAUAACAGACAGAACAACAAAAACAAAAAUGCCAGUCUUUCAGAGUUGGGACAUCUAAAUCAAAUAACAAAUGUUGACUUACAAAUCCCAAGUGUUGCCCAUUUGCCAAAAAACUUAUUCUUUGAUAAGCUGUACAGCUACAAAAUUGUGAUCGGCUCGUCGAGCACACAUUUGGAGCCAGAUUUCAAGAUGCCAGAGAAGUACGAACUGCUGAGGUAUUUGGCAAUACAGGAGAAAGGCGGUGCCUUUGACAUUCAUUCUCAGAAAGGGAUCAAAAUGUUGUUCGAAAGAGUUGAGAAUUUGUUGCUUGAAGAACUCAACGGUGUCCAAGACAUCUUUUAUGCACUGAAUUUGAAAGGAUUUCCAUGUCUGAAGACUUUGUCCAUUGCAAGUAGUUCUGGCAUUCGAUCUCUGAUUAAGCCGCAGGAGAGGAAGCAUUCAGAGAAUGCUUUUCCAAAACUGGAGACGUUGCACCUCUAUAAGCUUAAUAACAUGGAGCAAUUAUCCUUUUGUGAGUCACUUUCACCAUCCUCAUUUCGUAAACUAAAAGUAGUCAAGAUUAAGCUCUGUGGUCUCUUAAAGAACGUCUUCCUAAUUUCUAUGGUCAAGCAUCUGGUUGUUCUUGAAACAAUUGAAGUUUCAGAGUGUAACUCUCUAAAGGAGAUUGUCUGUGUGGAAAAGAACGCAUCUGAGAACCUUGUGUUUCAAGAAUUGCGCACUUUGACUUUAAAAUCAUUACCUGAGUUCCAUGGAUUCUAUCGGAUUUCAUCUACAGCGCAACAAAAGAUAUUAUUCGACGAAAAAGUUGGAUUUUCAAAAUUAGAGAGAUUGGAGUUGUCCUCCAUCCAAAUCCACCAAAUAUGGAAGGGUCAAAAUCCUCCUUUUGCAAAAUUAGUACACUUGGAGGUGAAUGGAUGUGGGAAUUUAGAAAAUUUGUUGUCAUUAUCUAUGGCAAGAAAUAUGCUGAAUCUCCAAAGCAUUUCUGUCAGCGAAUGUGACAAGAUGAGAUAUAUAUUUUUCAAAGAGCAAGGCAGCAGUGAUACUAAAAAAAAGCAGGUUACCAUCUUUCCAAAUUUGAAGAAUAUUAAAGUUAGUAGCAUGAAGACUUUGAGUGGGAUAUGUAAUGGUUUUGAAUUCCCCAUAGAUUCCUUUGUCAAGUUGGAGACCCUAGUCAUUGAUGAGUGUGAUAAAUUGGGCUAUGUUUUCACUUCUCAUGUGGGAAUAUUUCAGCACGUAAGCAACUUAAGGGUUACUAAUUGCAAGUCAAUCAAAGCUAUAUUUGACCCAGCUUGGGAAAAUAAGCCAGCAUCUUCUAAGGAUGCAACAACCAACUUGCAAGAUGUUCAUUUAGAAUCACUUCCAAAAUUAGAGCAUGUGUUCAAGUUCAACAGGAAGAAAAACCAGCUUGAUGGGAUUCUUAGCUUAAACAAUUUGCGUAAGAUAUGGGUUCAGGAUUGUGAAAGGUUGGAAAACAUAUUUUCAGUUCCUGUCGCCAAAACACUUGAAAAUAAUCUUGAAGACCUUGUGGUGUCGGAUUGCUCUCAAUUGAGGGAAAUUGUUGCCAAGGAAGAAGACUUCGACAGGAAAAUAAGUAGUCUUACCGCAUUUAACUUUCUAAAACUGGCAACCAUCAAAUUUUUAAGACUACCAAAAUUCAAGAGUUUCUAUCCAGGAACUGAAGAAAUAAAAUUUCCAGCACUGAACAACUUGUCUAUUGAAGAAUGUGAAAAAUUGGAACCAUUCAGAGAAGAAAUCAUAGAUACACAAACAAAGCCUAUCCUCUUUCCUGAUAUGGUAAUCAACAAUUUGAAGUCAAUUCAAAUUGAGUCGAGACAUGCAACGUCAUCGACUAACUAUGAUUAUCGAAGGGACAAUCUAGAAGAGCUUCACUUAUCUAAAUUGAAGGAUACUAAAAUUCUAUAUUCUUUCCUUCAUAGCAAUCCUAAUAUGAAGAAUCUAUGGUUGAAUGAUUGUUCUUUUGAAGAACUGGUGCCACUUGAAAGGCUUGCAAAGAUUGAAAGCUUAGGAGUCGUUCCACAGUUAAAAAGCUUGAAGUUAACAGAUCUACCAAAUCUUCGAAGGAUUGGCUUCGAACGAGACCCAAUUCUUCAAAGGAUAGAGUCAUUGGUUUUUCAAAAUUGUUCAAUAUUGAAAACCAUAGCACCUUGUAAUGUAUUUCUCUCACACUUGACAAAGCUUGAAGUGGUUGACUGUGAAAGAUUAGAAUAUUUAAUGUCACCAUCAACUGCUAGAAGCUUGGGUCAACUCAACACCAUGAAGGUAAUUAAUUGUGAAUCUCUUAAGGAAAUUGUGUCGGAGAAAGGACAAGGAAGAAAAGAAGAAGAUAAUAAAGACAACGGUGACAUCAUUUUCAAACAACUGGGAACAAUUGAGCUCGUGUCUCUGAAGCACCUCAAAAGCUUUUGCAGCUCCAAGAAUUGUGCCUUUCAGUUCCCAACAUUAGAGAAAUUUGUGGUGAGUGCUUGUCCCAAAUUGAAAAGUUUCUCCCAACAAGAAGGUAUGAACACGCCAAUGUUGCAAAAGAUCUAUGUUGUUCAUGAAAAAGAGAAGAUGAGAUCGUACUGGACUAACAAUUUACAACAAACGAUACAAUAUCUGUUCAAGAAGAAGAUGUUUUUUGAAGGCAUGGAAGAAGUAAGUGUUUCUGAUCAUCUUGCUCAUCUACAACAACUAUGGCAAAGCAAAGGAGUUGGCCAACAAGAAAAUGUGUUCAAAAAAGGGCUACGGGAAGAAUUGUUUAACAAUUUGAAAACUUUGAAGCUGAGUGGUUGUGAGUUUGAACCAUACGCAAUUCCAUCAAAUGUUCUUUUUACUUUCAAGAACUUAAAAGAAUUGGAAGUGGAUAACUGCGAAAAAAUAACAGGCAUUUUUGAAAUGAAUGAUACUAAGAUGAUGGGAACAUCGUUCCAACUGAAGAAACUAACUUUGGAAGCGCUACCGAAUGUGAAACAUGUGUGGCCACCCAAAAAAAAAGGAAUUCUCAGCUUCAAAAAUCUACAAAUAGUGACUGUCAAUGAGUGUAAGGAUUUGAGAACUCUAUUUCCUAUAGCCUUGGCCAGAGAUCUUAAGACGCUUGAGGAACUUGAUGUUAGAGAUUGUGAUGAGUUAUCCAAUAUCGUUGAAGCAGAAGAAGCUGGAACUGUUGAUGAACAUCUUGUGUUUCCUUGUUUAACUACAUUGGCAUUGUGCUAUUUGCGAAGUCUUACUGACUUCUGCUCUCAGAAGUUCACUCUGGAAUGCCCUGAGUUAAAUUGCUUUGACGUAUAUGAUUGCAAUGAUCAACUGGAGCUAUUUCAGAGUCAUCCAGAAGAAAAUCAAAACAACACUUCAACUACUAAGCAACCACUUUUCAUGAAUACAAAGGAUAUUUCCAAGAUGGAAAAUUUGACUCUGAAUUGGAGACACACUCAAGCAUUAGGUUUAUGGUUGAGAAAAUUUAAGGAUGAAAAUCUUGAGAGUUUGAAUGAACUUUACCUUCUUGAUGAUGAUGGGAAGAGUAACUGUAAUGUGCCGGUUGAAUUAUUUGAGAAGACACCCAACUUGGAAACACUUGAGGUAAGCUAUUACUGUGAUGAAACUCUCAAAAAUAUAUUGCCCUCCCAUGAUGAUGAAGCUAAUAAUAAUAAGGAAAUUCUUGGAAAGUUAAAAGAAUUGUACCUAUUCAAAUUAAGUGAGUUGCAAUCCAUGAGUGGGGUAGAAAACUUGUCGAAGCAGCUGCGUCUAUUAGAUGUUUCUGAUUGUCCAAAAUUGACAACAAUAGUGCUACAAUCUUCCUCCAAUCUGAAAGAACUGCACAUAGAAUCAUGUGAGGCAUUGCUACGUCUAUUCACAUCUUCAACAGCGAGAAUGCUAAUACACCUUGAGGAGUUGGAAGUUGAGAAUUGUGAAUCAUUGGAAGAAAUUGUGGGGGAAGAACAGCAGAAUGCUACGACGGAAGACGACGUUAUUGAAUUUAAGCAGCUAGAGAGGAUAACCCUUCGAUCUUUGGAAAGCCUGGAAUGCUUUUAUUCAGGGAAUGCCACUUUGAAGUUACCUUCUCUCAUUCAACUGGACAUAGUGGAUUGCUCCAAGAUGAAAGUUUUCUCUCAUGGAAAUGUCAGCGUUUCUAGAAGAAUUCAAGUUUCGUACAACUCGAGUGAUGAUUUGUUCUUCCACCAUCAUCUUAAUGCUGCUGCAGUAUGGCAGUUUCUUAGUGAGGAACGUAUAGUUCUUAGUGAUGUUCCUGAUCUACAAGAAAUAUGGGCUGGUAAGGUGCCAAUCCCAGUUAACUGCCCCAGUUGCAAGUUCCAAUACUUAGAGGUGGAUGGGUGUGAUUUUUUAUCUGAUGCAAUAAUUCCAUCUCAUUUACUUCCUCUUUUAACUAAUCUAGAAGAGUUGGUGGUGCGAAAUUGUGAUUCUGUUGAGGCAAUAUUUGAUGUCAGAGUCAAAGAUACUCCAACAUCUGAUUCAAGCACAGUGGUUAUUCCAUUGAAGAAAUUGACUUUGGAGAAAUUGCCAAUUCUGAAGCAUGUUUGGAACAAUGAUCCUAUUAAAGGAGGUCUCAACUUUCCUUAUCUGGAAGAAGUUACUAUUGAUGAAUGUAAGAGAAUAAAGAAUCUGUUUCCAGCUUCAAUUGCCGGAGAUAACCUAAGAGAAUUAGAUGUGGGAAACUGUGAAGAGAUGGAGGAGAUUGUUGCUAAAGAUGCAAAUAAAGAGCUCAUAAAGUUCCACAAGCUAGUCAAGUUAAUGCUGUUUAAUUUACCAAAAUUGAGGAGCGUUAUUAGUUCCAUGAUGCAUAUUCCAGAAGGGUGUGAUAUUUCAUCAAAUGCAUUACUACCAUCUCAUUUACUUUCUUCCCUGAAUGAUUUGAAAGAGUUGCUGGUGAUAGACUGUGAUUCUAUUGAGGCAAUAUUUGAUGUAAAAUAUUCAUCACCAACACAAGAUACAAACAUGAUUGACAUUCCCUUGAAGACAAUAAUUUUGGAAAACCUGCCAACUUUAAGGCAUGUGUGGAACGAGGAUCCUAAAGGUGGUUUCAGGCUUCCGUUGCUAAAUGAAGUCAUUGUGAAGGAAUGUAAAUGCAUAACAAGUUUGUUUCCGGCAUCAGUUUUCAAAAAUAAGGUACGAAAAUUAGAUGUGAGAAACUGUGUGAAGCUAGAGGAAAUUGUUGGAAAAAAUGAAGCCAUAACUGCAGGGAAAGAAAAUGAUGAGGAACUUCUAAUGUUCCCUUGCUUAACCACCUUGACACUUUGGGAAUUGCCUGCUCUAAGGUGCAUUUGGUCUGGGAGGCAAAUUCUAGAUUGGCCCGAGUUAAAAGAGUUGGAUGUUUAUCGUUGUCCAGAGCUGAAGAUGUUUGCAGCUGAUUCAGAAAAUUCUCCAUAUUCAAAAGCAGAGGAUCAAGAUGGCAUUGCAACAAAUGACAGGAAUGACGAUGCCAAUGAAGGUGACAAUGAUGAUGCUAAUGAUGGUGACAAUGAUGAUGAUGAUGAUGAUGAUGAUGAUGAUGAUGAUGAUGAUGAUGAUGAUGAUGAUGAUGAUGAUGACGACGACGAUGGUGAUGGUGACAACAAUGACAACGAUGACAGUGUGGUGUCACCUUCAAAGAUUGUUGCUCCCCGUUUGCAACGACUCUCGCUCAACAAGGAAGACAUCAUAAUGAUUGAGCAAGGACAACUUCAAGUGGACCUCCAAAAAAUCUUAUUCCUCAAAUUGCAUAGUUUCCAUGAUGACUUACAUUCAUUUCCAGAUGAUGUCAUCUCAAAGAUUCAACUAACUGCUAUAGAACAGAUCGCGGUGGUCGAUAGUGGCUUCAAACAGAUAUUCAACUCACAAAGGCCUGAGAAUGACACAGAAAAUUAUACCAAAAUUCUUUCACAGCUUAAAGGCUUGGUUCUUAGGGAUUUAUACAAGCUUGAAUCCAUAGGCUUCGAGCAAACCUGGAUGGCCCCACUUCUUGAAAAUCUUGAAUACUUGAAAAUUUUGGCAUGUAAUUGUUUGAUGAACUUGGCACCAUCCACUGUCUCAUUCUCCAAACUGACUCAGUUGAAUGUAAAGGAUUGUGCAAGAUUGGAAUAUUUGUUUACAUCCUCAACUGCUAACAGUUUUGCUGAACUGAAAAGGAUGUCCAUAUCAAACUGUGAGUUGUUAGAGACAGUAAUGGUUGGAGAUGGAGACAAUGAUAACGAAGAUGUGACGUUCCCCAAGCUCUCAUUUAUUUAUCUUGGCAACUUGCCAAAGCUUGAAAGUUUUUUCAAGGGGAAGCCAAACUUGAAUUUUCCACAGUUGCAUAAAAUUUUCAUAACUGAAUGCAAGGGUAUGCAAACUUUCUAUCAAGGUAAUGUGGUAUCACCCGAGCUACAAGGGGUGAAAGAUACAGAGGGAGAAUUUUGCCAGUGUGAUGAUCUGAAUACUGCCAUCAAACAUUAUUUGAGAGGCGAAGAAGACGACAAUGACUCAACCAAGCAGGAGGAAGAAGGCGAAGAAGAAGAAGAAGAAGGCUCGAAUUAACAUAAUCAAUGAAUCAAGGUAUCAGAUAACAUUCUUUGUUUCAUGGAAUUCCAAAUACAGCAAGAGAGGACAAGUGGAUCACAUCAUGGCAACAAAUAUUAAUUCUUUUCUGUUAAGAGUGUGUUGUGAUGAAUAAGUUUUCUGUAUUCCUACAGGAAGAAGUGUGAAUUGCUUUCAAGUGACAUUAAUGUGUCUUAUGAAUAAAAUUGUAUAUAAUGUACUUAUUUUUUAGAGUA